AUGCACGGACCGGUCCCGAAGUCUUUCCAUUUAGGGUUAGCUCAAUCACGGGAUCGAAGCACAAUCGCCAGAUCUUGGGCAAGUUUCGAGACGCUUAGCGACGACGACCCGACAACCAGCCCCUUCAACGGAAUUGCCAGUUCCAUAAUUCAAGAUGAGUACGUCCGAUGCCGAAACAUCGCACCGCGAACCUCCGCAACAUCGAAUGACUUGAAACUAACAACGACCACAGCUAAGGGUACCUCGAGCUUCGGAAAGCGCCACAACAAGACGCACACUCUCUGCCGUCGUUGUGGCAAGCGGUCUUUCCACAUCCAGAAGUCGACUUGUGCCAACUGUGGCUACCCUGCUGCCAAGACCCGCAAGUACAACUGGUCCGAGAAGGCUAAGCGCCGCAAGACCACCGGUUCCGGCCGCAUGCGCUCCCUGCGUGAUGUCCACCGCCGCUUCCUGAACGGCUUCCAGACCGGUACCCCCAAGGGUGCCCGCGGCCCCCAGACCAACUAG